AUGGCUUCCACUCGUGCUAAGGGAUCCCUUGCUAUCAAUGGGGGUACAGCAUCUCUCCCAAUCCUGCGGGAGACGGUGAACACCGUCUCUCAGGAGUGCCCGACUCGUCUCGGGCUUACGGCAAAUGAAAUCCAGGCUAAAUCACCCACACUGGAUGUCUUUUUCGACACUAUUGCUGCCGAACGGCUUCGGCGCAUGCCCCCCGAUGGGAGUCGCCUUGAUGGGGCUUUGCGGCGCGCCUCUCGGCUGGCCGUUGCCGUCGGCUCCCUGCGGGACUCGGUCUACAGCUUCAUGGACGGGGCUGAGGAGGCCACCAAACUGAUUUGGGGAACCAACCUCCUCUUUCUCGAGAUGGGGAUUGAUCAUAUCGAUAUCCUUGAGAGCCUGUACGGCCGCUACGGUCGUGUCACUUUGGGCAUUUCCUUGUUGCUUCAGCAGGAGACUUUCUUCCCGGUUUCACGGCCCCUCCAGCAGCAGGUCGCGGAAAUCUAUGCCCACCUGUUGGAGCUAGUUGUUCACAUCACCUCGGAGUAUCGUCAGGCUACACGGACCCAGCAAUGGCAGACGAUGAGUACUGCUGUGGACGCCGCCUUCUUCCGCUAUACGAAUCGGUUCAUAACCCACUGGCGGCAAAUUUUUGCUCAUGUCCUCGAGUCUGGCACAGCCAAGCAGCACACUACCGUGGACCUCCCCGCUAUCUAUCAGUUCUUGGAGCUUCAGGACCGUCCGCUCCAGAUGUUGCUCGAAGGUCAUAGCCAUUCCUUGGCUGACGGCUCAUUCACCUGGUUCGAGCCCCAUUUGACCACUUUUGCCAUGGGACGGCGCAGCAUGAUGAUGAUCCGGGGUAAUCCGGGCUGUGGAAAGAGUGCCUUGGCUCAGUGGACCGUUGAAAGACUGCAAGCGUCCUCGGAGUAUGAUAUCUGGAAUGUCAUACCUAUCGUCAUUCGGUCGGACGUCCCAAUCUCGACAUUGACGCUCAGUAUCCUCAAAGGAAUUCUGAUCCAGAUGCUUGAUCAUUGCGUGAGCAGCCGUAAGACCCAGGACGCCAUCCUCGCGGCUGUCACCGGUGCUAUGGAAAUGGCCACAUCCGGCGCUUCCGAUCCCCAGGUGGAAGGUCAGCUGUGGGCAGCCAUCAGGACCGCAAUCCAGUCCAACCUCCACUUCAUGCUAGUGGUCGAUGGGUUCGAUCAAAUGAAACAUGCGGAGACCACUGUCAGCGCGUUCCUCGGCUUGCUUCAGGAUACUGUCGCGAAUACCCCAUCGAAACUGAUCAUCUUCAGCCGACCAAUGUCGACUGACCUGCUCCCUAUUCGGGAGACAAUUAAUACGCACCAGAUUGCAAUGAACACAGCCACGACUCACCAGGAUCUCCAAGAAGCUGUGACAGAUAUUAUGUUGUCAGACUCCUCUUUCUCGGGGCUAGAGCCAUCCCAGCGGGAAUCCCUGACUACGUCUAUCGUCAACCGCUCCCAAGGAUGUUUCGUGUGGGCACAGCUUGCCGCUGAGGCAGUGCGCCACCAGACCACAUACAAUGAAAUGACAACAGCUGUUCACAGAAUGCCCAACACGUUAGGUGACCUUAUUGACUACCACCUGCGCAAUAUAAACCUCAACCGUCUUGGUACGCAAAGCCUACUUGCUUGGUUAGUCGCCAGUGAGCGGCCAUUGCGCAUUCCAGAGGUUGAGCAGCUGUUGUCUGUUGACCUGAAGACGCUCAAGGUUUCAGCUCGUCCACCGAAUGUGGAGCGUGAUGUCUUCCAGCCUCUUGGGCGGCUGAUCUCCGUGCGUGAUGGCUUCGUUUCUUUCCGCCAUCCCAUGGUCCGUGAGCACCUCCAGGCUAGAGCCCAGAUGCGCCAGGAACUUCCAUUCUCUUUGGCAGACGCACACUACGAUCUUUUGAUCCGCUGCCUGGCCUGGGUGCGUCGCUCGGUAUCCGACGAGAUCUCUGUCUCUUGGGACAAAAUGAGUGUUGAGGUCCGUGACCGCUACCUGGACGCCUAUGUGCUUCUUGAAUAUACUGCCCGGUACUGGCUUGCCCACAUGCUAUCUUCUCCGAUGGCCUCCUCCGACCGCGAGCUCUCAUUCCCAACCGCCUUCCGGCGCUCUCUACCUGACACUGUGUUAUUCGCACAGCUGGAGCUCACCAAUCGUGAGUCGCAAUUCAGUCGGUCAAGCAUUGUUGAAUUGUAUCGACUGUCAGUUGGGGUCCGCCGUGUCGUGCUAGGAAGUGACUCUCCGGCAGUCCUACAAAGCCUGAUCCUUAGUGCUCGGGCGUCUGAGAAGGCGCGUACAUCCUGGGCCAAUGAUCACCUCUACCAGGCUUGGACGGUGAGCCGAAGUCAGCUUGGAACUAGCAGCAAAAUUACCCAGGAGCUGGAGCAGAUGCUUGUGUCCUCGCCGGCCGCCGGUCGCCUGACUGGUGGAGGAAGCAAGUCUGUCACAUUGAGGGAAAUGACAAUGACCGGUUGGGGCAAGUCCGACAUUAGCUUCCCCCAGCGGCUUCAGUAUCUUGAUCGACUUGUCAACAUGUAUCAAGAGAAUAACCAGAAUGAUGAGGCAUAUAAAGUUUCCAAGGACUUUUACCGCCAGACUGUGAAGACCUACGGUGCUCACUCGUCGGAGACCAUGCAAGCCGCUGAAUUCCUUACGAAACACUUCGACAUCGCACCUCCCGACGAGCUAGCUUUGGAAUUGGCCAGCAACAAGUAUGAGAACAUGCUUCGCUCCAUGGAUGCAACCGACCCGCGCCGGGUGGCUUACUCACUCUAUCUGGCUCAACUGUAUGAGCAAAAUGGUCAAGUGUCCAAAUCCGAGACCGUGCUGUCCCGACUCUGGACAGGACUGUCGGCUCGCGAGGCUGAUUCUAAAACUUCCUGGGAUCAGAAGACCAAGGUUGCUUUCUACUACUCGCAGUUCCUGCGUCGUCAGGGUCAAUCCGACCGGGCCACGUCCAUCCUCCGUGAACUCUCGGCCGACUUGGAAGCAGAGGGCGGCGUCAAAUCUCCGGAAAUGCUAAAGCGGGCGGAGGAGCUGCGGGGCGAAGCGCGCGAAAUGAAUCUGACCGAUAUGGACCGCGCACUCGCGUUGGAGAUGUGGAAGUACUACCAGUCAUCUGGUCAAGUGUACUCUUCUCAGGCAGUGUCAUUGGCCGAGUCACUUACCGAGGGUAUGAUUCCCAGUCAGGAUGCCACCACGACUGAAACCGAAUACAUUAUGUCGGGAUUAUCUCCCGAAGACCAGGAGCUUCUACCCGGCUGGAUAGACAGCCUGGCCUCUGCAGGUGAUACCCGCAACAUGAAGUCCAUAAUGAUGCUUUGUCACCAGUUGUCUACUCGUUGUAUCCGGGAGGAGGAGUGGCGCAAGGGCUCAGACUAUCCCUGGGCUGUGCUUAAGCAUGCCUGGCCUGAUGUCGAGGAUGCCCAAACGAGGGCCAAAUUCUCGUCAGAUCUUUCCCCACUGAUGUCCAGUCUUGCCCUCGACUACGCCUACUGUAUCUUCCGUCGCUUGGAUGUUAAGAGAGCCACCAUUGUCUACGGCAAUGCGUUUAAGGCUUCGAUCACCGCGGACCAAGUUGCUGUGCCAGCCGUCACUACAGUGACGAAGACAGUGGUCGAGUUCUACGAGACCACAUUCCAGUUUGACAAGGCGUUGAUCCUCCUGCGACAAGUGAGCGAGUUCUUUGCCUCGCGUUUAGGUGCGCAUGACAAGCACACGCUGGACAGCCGCUAUUAUGAGGCCGACCUCGCUUUGCGUCUGGACCGGCGUACCGAGGCAGAAGAGAGCUAUCGUCAUAUCUACAAGGCUUGUGUCCGUGAAGGCAGGAUCUCUUCUUCCGGUGUUCGCGCGGCUGUGGCUCUAGCAAACCUUUACGAGCAGGACAAGAAAUGGGAUGCUGCACUCGAUGUCUAUCGACACUUGUGGCCCACACUGGUGCACUUUGAUGAAAAGGACGGCUAUGACCGUGCUUUGCAGGAAGGAUUGCUUCCCAAGACUUAUUCUGGGUACAUGGCAAUUCUUGAGAGCACAUCUGGUCAAGCGGGCUAUGAGGAGCGUUACCAAGUCGCAUCCCAGCACCAGCAGCUGUGUCGUAAGCUGUAUGGACCGACCAGUCACCGUACUCGGGACGCAACCAUGUAUCUCGCAGCGCUCUGCGCUAGCAGCGACCGGCAUAGUAGCGAGGCUAUUGACUUGUACCGACAGGUGCUCAAGACCAGCGACUGGGUGUCUUCCACGGAGGCGUCACGCUCUCUGCCUGACAUGACACAGCCGCUGCCCAUGGACAUCAAGCAUCGCAUGGCCCAGCUUCAUUUGCGCAACAAGGAUACGUCGCAACAAGCUCGUGCGUUGUAUCUCGAAGAGCUGGCACUCUCCAAGCAGCAACAAGGCCUUUCCGCGCCCACCACGCUCAUGUGGUUACGUGAGAUUGCUCGCAUGUACUCUCUACAAGAUAACAUCGAAUCUCGUCGGAGAGGUGCCGAUCUGCUGAAUGAACACGUCGACGAGGUCGUCCACGUUACUGCCAACCAUGACGCUCUGGUGUAUCGUGCCCGCCGUCUGGCAGAGAUUUACCUGGAGUGUGGAUACAACACCGAGGGCUGGGCGCUUAUCGACAGUUUGCACCAGCAGGUCAUUCACGACACCCCCGCGGCACAGCGGAAGAAUCUCGAGGAGUACCGACCGGCUUUAUUCGUGGCAUCUUUCGAAGAGGUCUUUGGCCGAACACGCACCUCGCGCCAGAUCCUGGACGACCUGUCUAGCGAAGGCGAGGUGUACAGCGUCUUCCAGCAGAGCCUGGCUGGGCAUGAUCUCAUGCCCACCCUUGCAGCCGGCGAGAGAUUGCAUCGCUUGCAGACGGACCAGAAGCGCAGCGCAGCCGCGCAGGGCACACAAAAUAAGCUGUACGAUUUCUUUUGCAACACGCUUUCUGUUUCUCAGCAAGCCCGGAAGAAGGAUGCCGUGUAUCAGUUCUAUUCCUUGUGCCGGCGCGAGUCAUUACAUGAUGACUACAAUCUCAAUAUUAUCACCCAAACCACCAGCAUUGUCCGGGAUCUAUGCAACCAGUCGAGAUUCCAGGAAGCCACUGAUGUGACGGGUGUCUUCCAUUCCUUCGUCCAUCUGACCGAUGGACUCCGCUCGACGGAGAGCAUCUUCACCGCGAUCAAGCUGUGCUUGUACCUCUGCGGCUACCAGGUGAACAAGUGCACUGAGACUACCACGGCGAACGCAAUGUCCCUGGAGUCGAAGACACUUCUCCAGGAGGUCAUGAACAAUGCAAGGGAUGUCCCGAUGGAGUUCUCGGAACUUCCAUUUGAGGAGCUCAACGAUCUGGUGACAGUGCUGGGAGAACACGAGAUGUUCGAAGACCUCGAGGCUAUUCUCACCGAUCUCUGGACCUCUCGGAUUGUUCAAAAGACCUGGACGCUGCCCGCAGUUGUCUGGAUUGGCCGGCGUCUGGUAGAGACUCGGUUCUGCCGAGGCCAUGUCACGGCCGCCACGACGCUGGGCAAGGACAUUUGCUACAACCUGCGCCAGGUCUGGGGCAACUCCGACCCCGUCACUCUCGAAAUGAACAAGCUGCUCUCCGGACUGUACACGGCGUCCGGAAACAACCUUGCUGCGGCUGCUCUGCAUGAGACAGCCCUGGCAGAGCUGCUGAACGACGAGACCGAGGACCAGUCAGCCGCUGUCAACGCAGUCACUCAACACCUGGAGCUCUUGCAGCGGGCACAGUCUCGUCUGGCCAAGGAAGGACAGAGUGCGGCGAUCGACGCGACGGCGGCGCAGGAACGCGUGCAGCAGAUCGCAACCAAGUUUGGCCUGUCAUCGGCCAAGCUGGAGCAGCCUUCCACGGCGGACGAUUCACUGGGCAUGUGGGAGCGUCCCCGGCGGUUCAGCUUGGAUGUUGGAGAGGCAGAAAAGCACUCGAACCAUCUGCGUCAAUCCAGCGGGUCUGCGUUGCUGACGGGCAAUGCGGGAGCCAAGCGGCUUUCGAUUACUGCUCUGUAAGGGGGUGAAGUAUCAGAUUGAGAACCAGAUUGCCAAUUUUUGUAAUUAGGUGUUAGGGUGUUUAUAGUGUUCUAG